AUGGCCACUCAAAGAACAAUCGUCGACCAGGUUUCUGGCUGGCUCACUGUCUACGACGGCGGUUUUGUUGAUCGGACAUGGACAGGACCACCACAAUUCAAGUUCAUGUCUGAUCCCGUCCCACCACACCACAAUUUCAUCAAUGGCGUUGCAACCCAUGAUCUGUUCACUCAUCCAGAUGCCGAUCAUCGCAUCAGGGUUUAUCUCCCGGAGAUAACCGACUACGGAAAGCUUCCCAUAAUCCUACACUUUCAUGGUGGAGGAUUUUGCAUCAGCCAGGCAGACUGGUUCAUGUAUUAUAAUACCUACACUCGUCUUGCACGUGAAGCUGGAGCCAUCGUUGUUAGCACCUACCUUCGUCUUGCACCAGAGCACCGCGUCCCUGCCGCCAUAGAUGAUGCCUACUCCACCCUUCUCUGGCUCCAAGAUUUGGCCGAUGAAAAAGUACACGAACCAUGGCUGUCUUCUAAGGGAGACUUCAAUCGUGUCUUCCUCAUUGGAGACAGCUCCGGCGGGAACAUUGUCCAUCAGGUGGCCAAAAAGGCAGCCGGAGAAAACCUCCAUCCACUUACACUCGCCGGAGCAAUCCCCAUCCACCCGGGGUUUCUCAGGUCAGUAAAAAGCAAGUCGGAGUUGGAAAAACCCGAGUCUCCGUUUCUGACUCUGGACAUGUUGUAUAAGUUUCUGAUGCUGGGGUUGCCGGUGGGCAGCACUAGAGACCACCCUAUAACAUGUCCAAUGGGAGAGUCGCUGAAGGGGUUGGAUUUACCUCCGUAUCUUCUGUGUGUGGCGGAGGAGGACUUGGUGAUAGAUACGGAGAUGGAGUUUUACGAAGAGAUGAAGAAAGCUGGGAAGAAGAUUGAGUUGUUGGUCAGUAAUGGAGUUGGACACAGCUUUUAUCUGAAUAAGAUCGCUAUUGACGUGGACCCAAAAACCUCUGAGGGGACUCAUAAAUUGAUCCAAGGAAUCUCCGACUUCAUUCGAAACCACUAA